UGCUUGUCGCCUUGCUGUCUCCAUCAUGCAGACCCUGCGCAUUUCUCUCUCCCUCGUCUUUUUAACUUAUGGAGCCCUGCAAGUUUCUGCAGUAUUCCAAUACCCGCCCGUAGUAAGAGCUGAGGUCGGGAGCACGGUGCACUUCACCUGUGAUAUCGGAGACCUGACCGGGCACUGCUACUCUGUUCUGUGGCUCAAGGUGCAGCCCAGCAGGGUCCCGGCUCUGGCUGUUUAUUCAAAUAUCUCCCCAGGUGGGAGUCGUGGAAGCGAGGCUGACGCACCGACAAAGAAGAGAUGCUCCUUAACCUUAACCAGCGUACAGGUGAACGACUCGGGGACCUACUACUGUGGGUUUAGCUCCCAAAUUAUGGUGUAUUAUGGAAAUGGCACCAGGCUGUUAGUAAAAAGUUCUGAAGCCAUUUCAAUUGUAAUCUCAUCGCCUUCUGACGAUGAAGUCCAGUCCAGCGGUUCCGUUACUUUAGUGUGCCUGGUGUUCGGGGUGUCCGAGCAGGCUCGCGUCCACUGGGACAUAGCGGGGGGUGUUCGACACGGACUGACCGACUCGGACUCCACUCCGGACUUUAUCAGGAAUCAGAUCACCAUUCAGGGCGAGGUCUGGAUGAGCGGGACCGUGUGUACCUGUGUGGUGGAAACAGAGAGCGGGCGGAAUGUGAGCAGAAGCGUGAGUAAAACAGGGAACCCUGCAGCUCCCAUUGCUCUUCUCUAUGGAAAUGUAGUCGCGGUUUCUCUUUUGCUAAUUGCUGUGCUUGUCGUAGCGGUAAUGUGUUUCUGUAGGAGAAACACCAGCUCAGGAAAUAAAAAUGAAAUCGGGCAUUCAGGUGCAAGGCUCUCAAGCGGAUCAAAAUUGAGAGAACAGGAGAGAGAGGAGGUGCAGUACGCCAGUCUGGACUUCAAUGCUAGAGGACGGAAGUGAACCCUAAGUGAACAGCCCCCUGCAAGAACAUCAAUGCACCCCCAUAGGGACUAUAUUCAGAAAGCAAGGUCACUUCGUGGAGUGUAACCUCAAUGCUUGGUGCCAUUGCGUUUUUGUUAGGGUUGGAGCAAUAUGGUUGCCUUAUUACAGUUGAUCACACAUUUUAUUACUUUCUGAUUGUAUCAAAGUGUCCAGAAUUUAGAAUCAGUUUAGCUGCCUUCCAUAAGCUUAAGUAACAUGCUGAACAGCCACGCUGUCUUUAUAAAAGAGCCGCAGCAUCUUGUGAUCAGGAAUAAAAACAUAUGUGUCACCUGCAAUGCACUGUUGAGCACUAGAUGGCGCUGCUGCAUAUAUACAUUGUUGUAUUUGGUUUUUUACCAUCUUCCCCUGAACUUAAUAAAAAUCUCUUUAAUAAUAUUAUAGCUGUCUGAGGGUCUUCUCCAGUGCUGAAUGUAAGCUGCUCCCCAGUAAAACUAAUAAAGAACCAAUUUGUUAAUUACAUUAGAGUUGCUAAGACUUUUUCAAACAUAAGCUGGCCUAGGUCUCGAGUACAUAUUGACAUGCCGGGUUGUAUAUGUAAAUGCAUAUAGAUUGAUCGAGUAAAGAAUAAAUUUGUUUUUGCUGGAGAUAUGUAUUUCCCCUCAGCGCCUGUGUCACAAUAACAUACUUUAGAGCACCCAGAUGGCUUGUGGGUGACGUCAGACCAGGAAACGGACACACCCAUUCAUUUGAAAUAAUAACAACACUUAACACAAAACAUAAAAUACGCA